GCACAAAUCCGAUGACGCACACAGGCGUCGCGUGCCUCCAUUGAUUAGCUCACCUACUCACCACCAGAGCAGCAAGCGACAAGUGGGGAGCGCUUCGAUCCAGCGGCGGCGCAGACACAGCCAGGCCAAGGCCCCGCGCCAGUAAACCACCCGCCACCAAGUCCAACCAGGAAAGGACACCCGGGCGCGAGAGAAGCAGCAAGCCGCCAUGGGCAAGGUCCGCCCGCUCCUCGCCGUCGCCGCCGCGCUCCUCCUCUGCUGCAGCAGCUGCUACGGCGGCGCGGCGGCGGACGCGGUGGCCGAGUCGUGCGACGCGAUCCGCGACUUCGUGGACGUCUCCUUCUGCGCGUCGCGGCUGCGGUCGGUGCCGGGCGCGGCCGCCGCGGACCGGCACGGCCACCUGGUCAUGGCCGCGGAUCUGGCGGCCGCGAGCGGGGCCUCGGCGCGGGACGCCGCGGCAGCGAUGUCGCGCGACGCCGACGGCGGCGCCGGCGGCCCGGCGGCGUUGGACGCGCUGGAGGCGUGCGGGAUCCUGUACGGGGCGGCGUCGGUGCCCGCGCUGCGGCUGAUGCGCGGGUACGCGGCGGCGCGGAGCUGGGGCGCCGCGCGCGCGCUGCUGCCGCUGACCGGGCAGGCCGGGAUCGGGUGCGACGCCGCGCUCGCGGGCGCGGGAUCCGCGGCGGCCGCGGCCCGGAUGGCCGGACCCAACCGCGAGUUCGACCAGCUCUCAACCAUGGCCACCGCGCUGCUCAACAAGGUCAGCUAGCCGCUAGGCUAGGUAGGUGGCCGGCCGGCCGGCGGCUCGCCGCGCCGUGGCACCUGGCAUGGCAUGCGCACUGCGGUGACCCGGCAUUCCGGCGGCUGCUUCUUCCGGUGUGUCGUGUGACAUGGCUGGCUGGAUUUGGAGGAACGGAUCGAUGUACUCAACCACUAAUUCACUGUGUUCUUGACUUCUUGUUGCAUCGUAGUACAUUGGACCCUGCCGGUGUUGGGGCUCGCCCUCCAUGGCAUGGCAUUGUUUGUCGUAGUUCAUUUGCUCCGUACGUUGAUUUGGUUGAACACGCUCCAGGUUUUCUCAAA